UCAGGGAGGAAACUUUCUUUCUCGGUUUAAAUGAUUCGUUGACACAUUCAAUUAGCUAUUCUUAGAGCUUUUUUCUCAAAUUUCUCGUAUUUUUUUUCUUUAUUUGUCUCCUAAUUUCGUGUACAAUAAAAAUAAAUAAAUUAUUCAUUGUUGUGGAGAAGAACGAUGGUAAAUCAGCGAGAGUUCUGGGCUGAAAUUCAUAAGAAUAAUCCGAAAUACAAGAGGAAGCCGAGAAUUGUACCUGCAUUUACCAUUCAAGCACUGCAGGAAAAUACUGUUGUCGCCAAACCACCAAAGGUUGGUCUCUACAAACCAGUGCCACCAAAGCCCUCAAACUUUCGAAAGUUCUACGAAAGAGGAGUUUUCCCAAUUUCAAUGGAGAAGGAGGGAUCACCGAUAACAUGGAAAGUUAAUAUUCAGGAAUUGGACUUUAGACAUUAUUUGCCAAUGUUUUUUGAUGGACUCACUGAGACUGAGCACCCUUACAAGGUUCUGGUUGAACAAGGAAUCUCGGAUAUGCUAGAACACGGAGGACCGAAGAUAUUGCCAGUUGUCUCGCAGUUGAUUAUUCCAAUAAAAAACGCAUUGAAUACUAAAAUACCUGAGAUCAUUUGCACAACGAUGAGAGUACUUCAACAACUUGUUCGAUCUGCUGAUUGCGUUGGUGAAUGUCUCGUUCCAUAUUUUCGACAAAUAUUACCCAUACUGAAUCUUUUGAAGGAUCGAAAUGUAAAUCUUGGAGAGGGAAUUGAUUAUUCCCAGCAAAAAGGUGAAAAUCCAGCAGAUCUCAUCCAAGAAACUUUGGAAGUUCUUGAGAAAUAUGGAGGGGAAGAUGCCUUCAUCAACAUUAAAUAUAUGAUACCAACCUACGAAUCCUGUAUGAUGAAUUAAAUAUGCUCGUACUCCAUAGAAAUUACGAUUAAAUUUCAAUCUUCUCGAGACACUUGAUACAGAAUAAUUCUCCGUAAGAAGAGUUAAAAAAUCUGUUGCAUAACAAAGGGUUUAUUAAGGUAAUUACAAUACAUUGUACUGACGAGCGACAUACAAGUCAAUGAUGACUGGUCGAAGUGGAAACUUUCAAUUACUUGACAAAUAUGAGAUAGAACUAAAUUUGUUAAGACACUUUCGUCUUAAAUUAUAGUUCCACACGGAGUUAUCUCCCAAUAUGUUAUCAAAGAGUUCAGAAAAUAGCAAAA